CAUCGCUGUUUAUCACAUUCAAAGCCUUGACAGACACCGACUCCUGCUUCUCAAGAGAAGUCGUUCUACAGGCAAGGGCUCGCCCGGAGAGUCAGAGCUGCGACAUGAACCGACAAGGUUGGUUUGCCUUCCUCCCCUUCUCCCCAGCCCUGGUCAACACAUCCAUCACAGCAACUCGUGUUGGACUGUUUUUGCAUGCGCAUGGUGAAGCAAGCGAUCUGGAGGACCUCACGAUCACGAAACGACUCUCGGCGGCCGAAAUAAUGCGAGUACAAGAUUGCGGAACUUUCUGAGAGGUGGAGGGCUCCUUUCUUCUCGAGCACACGCUGGGCAGAAGCGACGUAACAAUUGCGACGAUUGACUGCACGAGCCCCCAGGCUCUCAGACAAUACUCGAAUGCUUGAUCCUGACUUUCGGUCUCCGUUACUUUUCGCCGAUACAGUUUAGAAGGAGGCAUUCAUAUUGGUCCGCGGGCGCUGAACAAAUGAUCAACGCAUCUGAGAUGUCACUUCAAAGGAGAGCAGGUUGAGUCUGUGAUAAGAAUGAUCUCAAUUGACACGCUGCCCUCUUAAGAAGCCACUCAUGGACGCCGGUCUUUGAGUCUGCUAUUCAGAAGUGCAACAUAGCGUUUACCUCAACCCUUAUCGACAAUCGAAUUGCGAAUGAUCUGGAUUCUCCAUAUCGCAGGCUGCCCACAUGGAACUACUAUUCUUACACCUCACCAAAUGUGUUGUUUCUUCGAUGUAGAUGUGCAAAGGCUGAUACAAGUUUUAUAGGGCAAGCACGACCACCAUCAGCUACCAAUAACAUGAAUCAACAACAAAGAAGUACGACCAAUCCGAGGAUGGUUACCAACAAGCCUGGUGCAUGGGCUCAACAAGGCCUCCCAAGUGCGCCAGGUGCUUCUCAACCAUCACGAGAGACCGUUGCUCCAGACAAUUGGGCCCAAGCCAUGGGUUCUAGGUCCAGCGGUCCUCUCGAUCUCUCCGCUUCAUCAUUUCCUAGCCUCAAUAACAGUGGUCUUCAAUCCCAGAGUCAUACGGUUGGCUCUAGUGCAUGGCAGACUGGCCCUCCGCAAAAUGAACAAGGACAGAGACAGCAGCUGAAUUCAUCUCGAAAUCAGAUAUCCUCACGGCAACAGCAGCAACAGCCGACUGGUGGACGCGAAGGAUUUUAUCCCACGGAUACCUAUUCACGGAAUGCCCCCAUGGAGUAUUCCACUGAACAGCCUUCGCAACCAGCGAGACGGACAAAUCCAGCACCCAGUGGUCCACCGGGCCUCGUGCAACGACCGAAUCAGCUAAACGAUACUUCGUCAAACGAUCCUAGUAGAGUGACAUCGCCUUCAGGCCAGGCACAGAUAUCACGUUCACCCAUGUCGCAAGGACUGAGUUCCGUGAUAGGCCAAGACCGAUUUCUUGGACAGGACACCAGACCACAAGGCAAAGAGUUCCAGGAAUCGCCGUCACAAUCGAUGGGACUGCAAGCGGGAAGUAUGUUUGGGGAUCGAGAACCAGGAUCUCAACCAGAGCAAUCCGCUGAAUCAUUAUUCGCUGGCAUGAGUGAUAGAGACAGGUUUGGCAUGAAAGGGUACAUUGCCGAACAAGACAAUGCAACUCCAGCAUCCCGAAGCCUCAUGCGAGGACUGGAUCUGUCGACACUCGGGAUAAACAUGAGCUCUGAGGGACCAUUAUUGCCAUCAUAUCCUGGGCCGUGGGCUGAUCACAACGCCCAGCCUCUCCGACCACUCGAUUCCGGAUAUACUAUUCCGGAUUGCUAUACGGUCAAAAAGAUUGCGCCUCUAUCUAGCCGCAUCAACGGUUUCAUGGAUGAGACUCUGUUCUUCAUUUUCUACACAAUGCCUCGGGAUUACACCCAGAUGCUGGUGGCUCAGGAACUAGUGGCUCGCAAAUGGCGGUAUCACAUGAGAGAAAAACAAUGGCUGACCCGUGACGAGGCGUCCCCAAGUCCAGUCCUGUUAGAAGACAAGAUGAGCGAGCAAGGCUACUACAUCUGGUGGGACACCAAACUAUGGAAGAAGGUCCGACGGAUCUAUACCCUGAGGUAUGAGGAUUUGGAGGAGCAACCGAGUAUGGGCAAUCGAACAAUCCAUGCUGGAGCUAUGGGAGCCAUGGCAGGAGGCAUGGGAGUUGGUAAUUUCAAUGCUGUACCCAGCCUUGAGAGAAUGGCCGCCAGCGGAAGAGGUUUUUGAAUUUGGUGGUGUUGCUGCUCCCUGCGAUCGAACGGUUGCCUCCACAAAGUUCGACCUCGCCUGGGGGAUGAAUUGUCGUUGUAAUCAUAGGAACUGCUCGCAGACAGCUGUAUGCAAGAAACAUGAUCCAUUCUUAAAUACA